AUGAAAGCCACCGGCAGUCCAUCUUUUCUGACUUGGCUUCAUACUCUGGAUGGCCCGCUCGUCACUUCCUUCCUCAACGAGAAGCAGGAUCACCACCACCACGAUGUCAGCACCGACACUGGAAAACUCAUCGACCGCAUUGAGCAGCCGAACACUGUGGCUAAUAUUGAAGACGACAAAGACAUGACGCCCGAGAUGAUUCAACGUCGCCGUGAUUGGACCAGUAACCUGCUCGUUCAUCGCGAGAUCAUGGUUCGAAAGAACAUCGCCAUUCGUCAGCGCUUGCAGCAGGAAGAGCGGGCCCAUCAAGAAAUGGCCAUCCUUCAAGAUCGUGACGAGAAGAGAGAUGCUGCGCUUCGCGCGAAGACAAAGGCCACUGUGGCACCUACUAUGGACGAAAACAGUCUUCUGGCAGACUGCGUACUUCGCCCUGCCCAGCGAGCUGAUGCCGAGGCCUGCGCCGAGAUGUACAACCUGGCUGUCGGUAAAGAUCCCCUGGUGACCGAUACCUACCCGGUCUCUGUUGAGCGGUUCGAAUACAUCAUGAUCGAGUGCAGAAGACAGCAGCUGCCCUUCAUCGUUGCGACUACCAAGACGACUGACCUAACCGAUCCCAACAACUGGCCGUCUCGCGAUGCCUACCGACAAUAUAUGAAGUGGCGGAAGUCUCAGCCGGCGGAUGUUCUGGCUUCUGAGGCUACCGUCUACGGAUUCGCCUACCUCCGGCCGUACGAGACAGGUAUUGGAGGGCUCACCGGCAAUGCGACCCCGACUGUUAAGGCUACUGCCUUUGUCCACCCUAAGCAUCGACGUGGUCGGAUCGGAAGUGCCCUUCUUCAUCAGCUCCUCAGCCAGGUUUCCAUCUUGUACCACGGUUAUGUCGAGUGCCAGUGGGCUGAUCCGAAUGCUCAAGAGGACGCCUUCCACAAGCCUGACUUCCGGGACAUUCAUCGUGUUAUUGUUCACACGAUGGCUCAGAGCGAGGGCGGACAGGGCCUCAAGUGGAUGGACGACUUCAUGUCGUCUUUCCAGUUCGAGAAGGUCGGCUGUCUUGAGCAGGUCUACAAGGUGAAGCAGCCACACGGCGCCGAUUGGUACGACCAGGUCGUCUGGCAGCACUGGGCGAACAAGAUCCCGUGCAGAACAUUCUACGUGGGAGACGAGUCCGAAUGCUCCUACGACUAUCCCGGAAAGUACCACCCGCCUGGUGCUCGAAGAGUCAAGUCACCGGAUGCUUCCAAGGACAAGCAGCACGACGAUAGCCAUGACAGCGAUGAUGUCUUUGGAGCCUAAGCUUUGCUGAGCGAGAUCAAAUACUGGCCUCAUGCGCUCAAG